AAUCUCUUUUGAUUCACCCGUCAUGUCAUAACACAGCGCAAAGUCGCUCGCAGCUUCUUACCCUGAGAAGACCUGAGAUAAGCCCCCAUUUGAUCUCCUGGUUCUCCAUCUUCCACCCCGAUUUAUCAACAAGUUUCUACUCCCACAACCCCGCCGAACCCAGAUCCCGCAACCACCGCGCUCCUUCGAUUUACCCCCAGCUCCGAUCCACCAUCGUUGACUGAUUAACGACGAUGGUUCGGUCCAAUUGAAGACCCAGGAGGAGAUGAACGUGAGCCAUGGGUCGGUUCACCCAGUUGAAGAUGUACCCACCACAGACGGCGCCGGCCCGAACCCACCCCGGGUCCGAAUGAAGGAUCUUCCUGGCAUGCCCGGCACCCCGGGCGGCCUCGUCUUGCGCCUCGCCCAGUUCUUCUUCUCCGCCGCCUCGCUCGUCGUCAUGGCCACCACCUCUGACUUCCCCUCCGUCACUGCGUUUUGCUACCUUGUUGCAGCUACUGGUUUGCAGUGUUUGUGGAGCUUCUCGUUGGGCGUUGUUGACGUUUAUGCCCUUCUAGUUGGGCGUUCCUUGCAGAACCAUCGAGUUGUGUGUUUGUUCACCCUUGGUGAUGGGGUGACAUCCACUCUUACAUUUGCUGCAGCUUGUGCUUCUGCAGGCAUCACAGUUCUUAUUGACAAUGAUCUUAGCAGCUGUGCCCACAACCAUUGUGCCCAAUUUGAAACAGCUACAGCGAUGGCUUUCAUAUCCUGGUUCGCUGUGUUACCAUCUUUUCUCUUGAAUUUCUGGUCACUGGCAUCUCGAUGAAUGCGUGUAUGGUGAAAAAACACUCGAGAAGAGGAUGAUAACAUGGCCAUGUUCGAAUGCUAGCCAAGCUUAUUGUGUUUUGCAUGAUUUUUCUUGCCUGUCAUGUACUGCAAUGUGCUUUGAUUGAAACUUGUAGUUUUGUGUGUAUAGUUGCUUUGACAUCAAAUAUUCGGGGUCGUGAAUGUGGGUUGGUUAGUUAUCUUGUCUACGAGGAGGUUGAAUUGUUUCGAUAAUUCAACUUGUAUUGUGGUGAACAACUAAACGUUUACAUGAAGUUUGAAGAGAUGUAUGUUUUCAUGUUCUAAUAGAUUCUGCUCUGCCAUCAAACUCUUGAUGCGCCUUUCUUUCCGUUC